AUGGACGAGUUGGAUGCAGUACAAUACAUGCAGAGUAUAGACCUUCCAGAGAUGCUGCAGAUAGAAGGUGAUGAAAAUUGGAUGACUCCAAUAGUGUCAUAUUUGAAGGACGGAAUGCUUCUAGAAAAGAAGGACGAAGCUAGGAAGCUCAGGGUCAAAUCAGCUAGGUACAUACUUAUGGACGUAGUGCUAUACAAAAGAGGUUUUUCCCAGCCUCUCCUAAGGUGUUUAGCUCCAGACGAGGCAAACUACAUGUUGAGGGAGGUUCAUGAAGGAGCAUGUGGUAACCAUUCAAGAGCUAGAUCACUCGUCUAUAAAGUCAUCCGUAGCGGAUUCUAUUGGCCAACCAUCCAAGCUGAUGCUAAGGCAUAUGUUAAGGUAUGUGAUCAAUGUCAGCACUUCAGUAACAUUCCUAGACAGCUAGCAGAGUAUCUUACGCCAAUGAUGGCCCCUUGGCCUUUCGCGCAAUGGGGACUGGAUAUUUUGGGGCCUGGAUAUUUUGGGGCCCUUUCUAACUGGAACUCGGCAAAUGAAGUUUUUGAUGGUAGGAAUAGAUUACUUCACAAAAUGGGUGGAAGCCGAACCCUUAGCAAAAAUUACACAACAGAAUGUCAAGAAUUUUGUCUGGAAGAACAUUGGAAUUUUGUGAGUAACUUGGAAUCAGAAACCAUUACUCCUCACCCUCCCACCCACAGGCCAAUGGCCAGAACGAUAGUGAGAACUCCAACAGGGGAAACUCCUUUUAAACUAGCCUAUGCAAGUGAGGCAGUUAUACCGGCAGAAGUACAUAUGACCAGCCAUAGGGUGAGGAAGUAUCAGGCUAAAGAAAACGAAGAGCAGCUCCGUCUCAACCUUGACCUUAUGGACGAGGUCAGGAUGGAUGCAGAACAGAGAACAACGAGGUACAAAAAUCUUAUGGCAAGACAAUAUGAUGCCAUGGUGAAGCCCAGGCGCUUCAACAUUGGGGAUCUCGUCCUGAAGAGGGUUACCUUGGCAACAAGAAACCUGGCCUACGGGAAACUGGGGUCAAAUUGGGAAGGACCUUAUAGGGUUAUCAACUACAAGAGGCAAAGAUCCUACUAUUUGGAAGCUUUGGAUGGACAGAGGCUGGAACACCCUUGGAAUGUUGAGCACCUAAGGAAAUACCAUCAAUAA